UAUCAAACAAAAUGCCGGAGGGAUGAUAAGGCUAACUGGAAUAGUAACCCCUGCCGCACCUCAAGGUGCUAAACCGGAGACAGGACGUAAAGAACAAAAGUGACGGUAAGAAAGCCAGGAGGACCACGACCCAGUCGCUCUCCACUAUCCUCUAGGGACAACGCGACUCGGGGCCAGCACACAGCGAACCAGCGUCCCCCUCAGGCGGCAGACGUCCUGAGGCAGCAACCAGCUCGAGAACUACAGCUCCCGCUGCGGCCUGCGGAUCGGGCCCCGCCCCGCAUUUCCACUUCCGCCGCCCUCCGGUCCAACCUACCAGGGAGCGAGCCUGGCGCCUGACCGCGCGUGACCCCCGCGUGACCCCGCGUGACAGGGGCCCGAGCCGAGAGGCCAAGAGGUGGGAGUCUGGCACCCCAGUCAGUAGAAAGGCGACCCCCAAAGGUGGAACUAAACUUGCAAAUCUCGAUAGGGAUUGGAGUUGAUGCCGCGAGGGCGGAGCCUAACGCCCACGGUCCUGGCCAAUCAGCGUCCGGGAUGAUCUGAGAGGCCGGGAAGGGGAAAGGGGCGAAAGGGUUCUACGGUGACAUGCCGCGGGGUCUAGUGGGAGGAGCAGUUGCCCAGCGGCCGCCCGGCACUUCCUGUUUCCGGUUCCCGGAGUGGAGCGUAGCGAGGCGCUCGUGGGGUCGCUGGCUCUGCCGCGAGCUCUGGAACCGGGGUCUGCGGCCGACCCCUCUCUGGUCCUGUCUCCCAGCCGCGAGCAGGUACUCGGCCGGGGAUUCUGAGCUGUGGCUGCUCCCUUUGCCCGUGACACAAAUCUCAACAACAAUCUGUAGACACUAACUCUUCACCAAGGCCAAUGCCGUCCUCUUUGUUGAAUGCACAUGAAAGGAGCACGAGAAGGACAGGAGGUGACCAGUGGUGUCAGGCAAGGGAGUCAGCUAGGAAGAAGCUUUUGAAGAUGUUCCCCCAUUACAGCUCCUGGAGAACUGGCCUGCUCCUGCUGCUGCUGCUGGCUGUGGCAGUAAGAGAAUCCUGGCAGACCGAAGAAAAAACAUGCGACCUGGUAGGAGAAAAGGAUAAAGAGUCAGAGAAAGAGUUGGCUCUACUGAAGAGGCUGACGCCGCUGUUUAACAAAAGCUUUGAGAGCACCGUGGGCCAGGGCACAGACGUGUAUAUCUACAUGUUCCGGGUGUGCCGAGAAGCUGGCAACCACACCUCUGGGGCAGGCCUGGUGCAGAUCAACAAAAGUAAUGGGAAGGAGACAGUAGUAGGGAGACUCAACAAGACUCAGAUCUUCAAUGGAAGUAAUUGGAUCAUGCUGAUCUAUAAAGGGGGUGAUGAAUAUGACAGUCACUGUGGCAAGGAGCAGCGUCGGGCAGUGGUGAUGAUCUCCUGCAAUCGACACACCCUAGCGGACAACUUUAACCCUGUGUUUGAGGAGCGAGGCAAAGUCCAAGAUUGUUUCUACCUCUUUGAGAUAGACAGCAGCCUGGCCUGUUCCCCAGAGAUCUCCCACCUCAGCGUGGGUUCUAUCUUACUUGUCACGUUUGCAUCGCUGAUCGCUGUCUAUAUCAUCGGGGGGUUCCUGUACCAGCGACUGGUGGUGGGAGCCAAAGGAAUGGAGCAGUUUCCCCACUUGGCCUUCUGGCAGGAUCUUGGCAACCUGGUAGCAGAUGGUUGUGACUUUGUGUGCCGAUCUAAACCCCGAAACGUGCCUGCUGCAUAUCGUGGUGUGGGGGAUGACCAGCUGGGGGAGGAGUCAGAAGAAAGGGAUGAUCAUUUAUUACCGAUGUGAUUGCACUUUAAAUGUCCAGCUUCUUCAGCCCCCAAACCAAAGCAUCCUCAGCCAGGUUUCUUAAGCAGCCUCCGCUCCAGUCUCUCAUCUCCCCCUUAAUAUUGCUCUCGCUUUCCGGUUUGCUUUUCGUUUGCGUCCACUUGUCAGUAGUAGAAAUGCCUUCCCUUUGUUCCCUAUUAUUUGUUUUCCCUCCUGAGAGGUACAGUUAGUUGUAGGACAGAGAUAAUAUAAUAGGGCCAAUGACAGCAGAGGCUGUUGCAUGGUCUCUUGGUAUCAGAAAGUACAAGUAGGGGAGUUAUCAUGAGCAAAAGGGUGUAGCAGGCUCCCUGACCCUUCCUUUUUUAAACACAUUUUCACAAGUUUUUGAGACACUGGAUUUCUUUAAUUUAAAAAAAACAAAAGCAACGAAACAUUAUUUAUACAAGGUUUGAUAUUGCUUUCAUGCUGUUGCUCUGUACCCUACAGUAGUCUCCAUGAGAACCUGGAUGUCAUUUCUUGCUGCUUGGAACUAUUCUGCACUGACCACUUGGCUGUAGUCCAAGUACUGCCAUUUGCUUUGAGCCUGGUGAUGUCGUAGACUUAAUUCUCCCACCUCUGGGAUUAGGAUGGGAAAAUUUGAAAUUUCCCAAUUAGAGGAUGACGAGGUACCAAACCUCAUUUGCUGGCAUUGGAGUGACUUUAUAGCUGGAGCUAGGACCUGGAUUGUAGUCUUAGGUUAUUGGUCCAUCUGCAGCCAAAAUGCCUAAUCCAGAAAUCCAGUCCAUUGGAAAGGGAUGUUGAAAUUGACCUCCUAUGCUGCCGGGGUUCCAGAAAAGGGAAGUCUGUUUACCUUGUAGUGGGAUCUCCUUGAUGGCUUUCUUCUCCCACUUGCAGUCAAAGCUGGCAAAGCUUUUCUUAUUCCUGAAACGUUCCCUCUAUCAAUCAGUAUGUCUAAACAUGUUGCACUUUCCUUCAUAGGCAUGUCAUUUUGACUUUUUUUUUUUUUUUUUUUGCCCCCAGUCUUCUGGAAAGGGAAUGGAAGCAGAAGUGGGACAUCCAGGGCUCUGCCAUCUUCCGCCCUGGCUGUGGCGGCUGCGGCACGUGUCCCUU